CAUUUUGGGUAGGAGCUUGGGAACAGUUCCCGCUUCCAAGUUUUACCGACCUCCAGCUGCCCGUCAAUCCCACCUCUACACAAACCACCGCACAGACAUAUCAUCCACCAAAUUAUACCACCAACAACCACCACGCAGCCCCAAAUCCAGUUUCAGCGACAUCCAAAUCCACCUACUACCAUCGCUCACCACCGCUCCGCUCGGAAUCAUCGUCAUCUGCUACCAUCGAUCAAUACCGCUCUACCCCAAAUCGAAAGGUUGCCGCUCUAUCUACUCCGUCAACCGACGACUUUCAUCGGACGAUUAGGGCUCCAACAGGCAUCUAGGAACGUGUUAUUCGAUCCAAUCCACAACAGUUGUGUGGAUUUAGAUGUGGAGAAAUAUCCUCUGUUAUCUGAAUUCAGCAGUAUUCUGAGUUACAUGGAUCGGAUACCAGUAAAGAAAGCGAUGACAUAACAGAGGCCAUUGUAUCGAUCACAUAUCAGCAGAUUCUGGAACAGUGCUAAGUAUGACGAGGAAAACCAAGUGAUUUCAGCAGAAGUUGAAGUGAACGGAAAGACAGAGACUAUUCUGGUGACCGAAGCGUUGGUUAGAGAAGUUAUGAGUUUUCCUGAUGAAGCCGAUUAUCCAACAAGAUUUCCUGAAAGAAUGGUGAAAGGAUGUAUGCUGCGUUUGGGAUAUAGAAGCACGCUGAAUACUGGAAAUUACUUGAAGUCUAAAUUCCAGAAGUCGUUCAAGUUUUUGAUACAUUGUAUUCUGAUUUCCCUGAGUCACAUAAAGGGAAGUUAUGAUCAAAUGAGGGACUAUCAAAUGAACAUGUUAACUGCUUUGGUCUUGAACAAGAAAUACAACUUUUCACACAUCGUGUUUCAUUAUAUGGUGGAAAAUCUAGCGUCGGAUGUUAGAGUUUGGAGGUAUCCACGCUUUGUUCAAAUGAUGAUAGAUCGUGCGUAUCCUGGUAUUGACAGACACAUUAAAGAUGAUCUUCUUGUUCAAGCACACAUGUCUAAUAUCUCAUUGAAGAACUUGAUCAAGUACCAUCCUCAUCAUCCAGAACCGGAGUUGGUGAUUGAAAACUUCGGUUUACUUAAAGAUGCAAGUUAUGUGGAUCCUGAUCCAGAAAGUCAUCAAAACUAGAGAAAUGAAGAAGAAAUGAAAGAAGCAUUGUAUGCUGCAGAGUUGAAGAUAAUUCAGGGUUUCAAACCAACCAAGAAUGAGUGGUAUGUGAAGGAGUCUGGGCGCAGACGUAGACUUGUAUCUCCGGUAGCUGAAGGUGAAGGUUCUUCAUCAAAGCCAAGAAAGAAACAAAAGAAGAAGGCUGAAACUAUGCUAAUAGAUGAGUCUGAAGAAGAAGUUCCUGAGGUGAACAUUGAAAAGGAACAAGAGGCGGCUAGUGUAGCACAUAUUGAAAUUGAGACUGAUUUGUUCACAACAGAAGCAGAUUUUGUUGAUAGGCCAGUUACUUCUGAGGUUCAAAAGGAGAAAGAGAAAGUGAUAGAUAAUGUUGAAGGCGACGAUGUUGAUAAAGACACUACUAGUUCUUCUAGUGGGUCUGUGUUUGAGGUAGUUGAUGCAAAAGAACGUGAGAAGCGAAUGAGAGAGGAGAUAGAAAAAGAGAAGUUACUCAGAAAGAGGAGGAGAGAUGAGAAAGAAGAUGCACCUUAUGAACCGUCUCCAGAACAUAUUUUUGCAUCUCAAUCUACUCCUAAGAGUAAAAAGAAAGCUGGAGGUAGAAAGAAGGCUACUCCAAAGAUAAAAGUAUUAAAGCGUCCUCAAAAGAUCAUGCAAACACAAUCUACACUUCCACGUCAACAAACACCUCCACAUCAACCAACACCUCUACAAUCUCCAAUACAUCAAUCACCACCUAGACAACCAACACCACAACAAUCACCAAAACAACCUACUCCUCCAUCACAUUCAACUCCACCCAGACAACCUAUUCCACAACAACAAUCAUCUCCUCUGUUUCCACCAUCACCACCUCCAUAUCAAACAUUUUACUCUUCACAAAAUCUUUUUGGUACACCUCCUCUUGCUCAAACACAACAUGGUUCUUCAAGUAGAGGUCUUGCAAUACCGCAUGAUAAUCUGCUAGAUGUUGAUUUUGAUUUUGCAAACAAUUCUCAAGUCUUGAAGUUGGAAAAGAGAAUUGAUAAGGUGAUAGCAGAAAACAAAAAGUUGGCAGAUGAAUGUAAAAGAAUUGCUGAAAGAGAAAAGUCUCUUGCUGGAAAAGUGCAGAGAUUAGAAGGUGAAAACAAUGUGUUGGAAUUAAAGAUUGAAGUUGAUCAGACAGAAAUUGAUGUUUUGAAAGUUCGAGUGUCUGAGUUAGAAGAGGAGAAAAGUCGUCGGGAAAGUGAAAACGAGUACUAUAAGCUGAAGAACAAAGAACUUAUGGCUGCUAAAGCACUACAUGAACAUAAGUUCUACAUGCUGAAUAGGGUUGUGGAAAGUAUGUUGGAGACGUCUGUGGAACAAAAGUAUGAAGAAUUGAAGUUAGAGGAUCUUCGUGCUGAACGUAAAGCAGAAGUAGAAAGGCAAAUGAAAGAAAAAGGUAAAGCUGUUGAAGGAAGUUCUGUAAUGUCUAUUGUGCCUUCAAUGGUGGUAGAUAAUCCAGUGCCUAUAUCCUCAGUUCCGGGUAUAAUUGAAGAAGAAAUUCAAUCGCCAAAGUUAAUUGGUGGCGAAGAAGAAGAGGAUGAUGAAGAUGAUGAUGAGGAAGAGUUUGUUUAUUCUGCAAGCAGUCACAGUUCGAAAGGUGAUGAUGAUGAUGACGCUGCAGGAGGUUCUGGUGUGAGAGUUACUGAAGCUUCAAAAGAAAAAGUCGUUGAAGAUCUGCUGAACGACACAGUCAAUGAGGAAAGUGGUGAAGCUGGGGGAAAGGGGGAGUCGAGCAAGAAUCAGAUUGUAGAGCAUCACGAACCCCUGUUCUUAUGUCUAGAUAUGUAUAGGGAGAUGUUAAAUGAUGUAAAUCCCGAGAAUCCAAUUGAUCUUGAAGCUGAUCUGGAAUCUUUUGAUAUCAAUAAACAGAAAGAUUACAAGUAUAACUAUGUUGAGGAUGCAGAUCAGUACGAUAGGGUUGAAGUAGAAGAUUGUUCUGAUAAUGAGGAUGUCCCUGAAGAUACAUCAAAACUUCCGACGUUAAUGGAGUUUUUCGCAGCUGAAAACAGAGAUGAGUUACGUCAAAAGGUGACUGAAGCAGUAAAUGAUAAUGUGUUCGAGUGCUUGAGAAAAGAAGCUGAACAAGUAAGUCAAUCAAAUGUUGAGAAAGAAGAUCAUUCAAAAUGGUUUAAAGACAGUCAUGAAAGAAAGUUCAAGAGGCCUUUGAAGUUUUUUCAACGUGAUAGAUCUACUUCUCUUGGUGAUAUCAUCAGUUGGGGUUUUCUUCCUCAAGUCAACGCCUAUGCAGUUAGAAGAGAAUAUGGUGUACAAUACUUUAAACGUUUAUAUGACAUUAUGUCAUUACCAUGGUGGGAUGUCGAUGAGUUAUCUCAGGUGAGAACGUUGGAGUAUCAGGUGAGACAGAAUGAUAAAGCAAUGUGGGGAUAUAUCAAGUAUGAGACUCUCAGAGGUUAUCUGAAAUGGAAACCUCAUCGUCCAAGACGGGUUGAAAGAGUAGAUCCUGAAACUGGUGUACGGGAAACUAUUCUGAAUGUAAAGCCUCCAAGAACCAUGAUGACGAUUCCUAUGCCAGAAAUGGAACAAGAUUUUUACAAAGGGUUCAUUGAUUGGGUGUAUAGCUGUCUUACAACUGAAGCUAUCAUUACAUACAGAGCUGAUAGUGAGGUGAGAUAUAUUCGUGUCUAUGAUCCGAUGUGGCUGGUGAAUUGUUCGGCAAAAGACAUUGAAUGCUUGUUUAUUCACAAGAUUCGUUAUAAAGCAGAAGAUAAAGAUCAAGCUCAACAGUUCCAGCGUGUGGUAUCACUGUGCUUUCAAAAAGGAAUCAAUUCCGAAAGCAAAUGGAAAUCGUCUUGGUGGGAAUUGGAUGAAAAGAUGAAAAAGAAAGCUAAACGUGAACGUGAAAGAGAAAAUCGUCGGAUGGAAGCAAAGAGAGGAAAGUUUAUGAGGCAACAACAGGAAGAAGAGAAGGCUGAGAAACGAAAGAAUGAGAAGAUAAGAGUUGCAUUGAGCAGGAAUCCUAAAGGGCGUGAAGAAAAUUACAAAGCAGCUAUCUGAAGACCAAUAUUCUAGACAAAGACUGCGGCUUCAUCCAAGGGGGAGUUUGUUGGUGCAUAAUGUCUAAAGCCUACGUCUUUGUGAAGUUAGAUUAACAUAUAUGGUCUAGAUAGGUUAUUUUGUAAUAGAUCAGGGGUUAAAUAUGUAAUUAUGUGAAAGUUAUAGUGCUGGACCGCUUUUGUGACACAUGUCCACAAAAGCGACCCAGGCUGGAUCGCUCAUGUGGACAUGUCACAUGAGCGGUUCCAGAAAACUAUAAAUACCCCCAAUCUCAGUUCAUUUGUAACGUUGUCCUGGAUUGUACGUCGAACUGCUGACCUUCUGGCAAUCGUUAUCAAGUGAAGUAAAAGUGAUUAAAGUGUAGAUCUGUCUGUUUCUACUCCUUUUUGUACCGUACAUCUUCGUAUCAUGUUAAAAUGUGUUUCCGCCACAUUUUUAGCAGGCUCUAGCUUAUAUUGACUCCUCAGUGAGAUCAUACUCGAUCCUACAAAAGUAUACAAUCUGAUUGGGGAGGGGAGUUUCGUCCUCUUACGUCCUUUUGCACUAGUCUUGGUAUCAUUCAUCGACGCUCUUGCCCUCACACAAGUGAGCAAAAUGGGAUUGUCGAGCGUCGUCAUCGCCAUGUUGUGGAAACUGGACUUACUCUUCUUGCACAUUCCAGUCUUCCCCAACGUUUCUGGCAAUUUGCCUUUGAAACAGCCGUUUACUUAAUUAACCGUCUUCCCUCUCGUGUCUCCUCCAACAAAUCUCCGUAUGAACAUGUUUUUAAACGAAAACCUGAUUACUCCUUUCUUCGUGUUUUCGGAUGCCAAUGUUUUCCUUAUCUCCGUCCGUACAAUCGUCAUAAGAUUGAAUUUCGAUCCACCCCGUGUGUCUUUCUUGGCUACAGCCCUGUUCACCAUGGCUACCGAUGCUUUGACCCAUCCACCGAAUGACUCUACAUUGCCCGACAUGUUCGCUUCAAUGAACACAUCUUUCCAUACCACACACCCAUACCUACCCAAUCCUCACCACAGCCCGAACCAUCGUAUGUAUCCAUCUUUCCUGAACCACCACCCGGUUUUCCAACCGAACCCAUCCCACCCCCACCACCCUCCACGGAUCCAUUACCAACCGCCACCAUCUCACCUGAAACUGCAACCACUUCACCACCCACUAACUCGUCUCCCGGACCCUCAACCGAACCCACCAUGCACGCGGCCCAAUCAAUCCCAACUCCUAGACCACGGCCUCCCAACCUACGUCCCCAUCCCAAGCCACCCACUCGCUAUGAUCCCGCUGCCUAUACUGCCACCACCACCCCCACCUUACCCAUUGAGCCCACCUCUUUUACCGUUGCUAAUAAGUCUAUAGAAUGGCGCCAAGCGAUGGCUGACGAGUUGGAUGCGCUACAUAGGAAUGGGACAUGGACAUUAGUUCCCCCUGCCCCUCAUACUAACGUCGUUGAUUGUAAAUGGGUUUACAGGUUGAAAACGGAUCAAAAUGGAAAGAUUAGCAGGUACAAGGCACGACUUGUGGCAAAAGGAUUUCACCAGCAACAUGGGGUCGAUUAUCAUGAGACUUUCAGCCCAGUUAUCAAACCUGCUACUAUUAGGACUAUCUUAUCACUUGCUGUUACAAAUAAGUGGUCUCUCAGACAGUUAGAUGUCCAAAACGCCUUUCUGCAUGGUGAUCUUCAAGAGACAGUUUAUAUGCGACAACCUCCAGGCUUCGUUGAUCAAACCAGGCCAGAUCAUGUGUGUUUAUUACACAAGUCCUUAUAUGGGCUCAAGCAAGCCCCUCGUGCCUGGUUUACAAAACUGUCAAUGGCUCUUCUUCAGUUGGGCUUUCACGGGUCCAAAACUGACCCGUCCCUAUUCAUUUAAAAUUCAAGUGGCACGCUUGUCUAUCUUCUUGUGUAUGUAGACGACAUUAUCAUUACAGGUAAUCACUCUAGGGCUGUUAAUGAUGUUAUUAAAGAUCUCAGCUCUAUGUUUGCACUCAAAGAUUUGGGUCAGUUACAUUAUUUCUUGGGCAUUGAAGUGGUGCAUCAUGGUUCUGAUCUGGUUCUGUCUCAACGCAAAUAUAUUCUUGAUAUUCUUCACCGAGCAGGUCUUGCAGACUGCAAACCCGUAUCAUCCACUAUGAGUACCUCUCAUGUCUUCUUACCUGGUGAUAGUCCUUUACUUGAUGAUCCUUCCAGAUACAGGCAGACGGUAGGUGCUCUUCAAUAUGCAACCUUAACUCGCCCGGACAUUGCCUUUGCAGUUAAUAAGGUGUGCCAAUUCAUGCAUGCUCCUACCAAGAAUCAUUGGGCUGGUGUGAAGCGCAUAUUGCGUUAUCUGAAGGGCACGGCUCAUUUUGGCCUACUAUUUCGUCACAACACAGGGUCCAGGCUACAAGCCUUUUCUGAAUCCCAUUGGGCUACUAAUCUUCGGGCAUUCUCGGAUUCUGACUGGGCUGGUUGCCCUCUUGAUCGUCGAUCCACGGGGGGAUAUGCUAUCUAUCUGGGUUCCAACCUUAUUUCUUGGUCUGCUCGCAAACAACGAACUGUCCCUCUAUCUUCAACAGAAUCCGAAUAUAAGGCUAUUGCUGAUACUGUCGCAGAACUGAUCUGGUUAAAAUCUCUACUUCAUGAACUCGGUCUAGUUAGCAAGGCACCAACGCUUUGGUGUGAUAAUCUUGGUGCAACCUAUCUCUCUGCCAAUCAAGUGUUUCAUGCCCGCACAAAGCAUGUUGAAGUAGAUUACCACUUUGUUCGUGAACAAGUUAUUCAAGAAAAGCUGAAUGUCAAGUUUAUCUCGACUGAUGAUCAAAUUGCUGAUGUGUUUACAAAGCCCUUAUCUUCACAAAGAUUUGAGUUUCUACGGUCCAAGUUGCAGGUCGUUCCCCGCCCUCAACUUGCGGGGGAAUGUUAGACUAAAUUGUUUAGAUAGACAAGAUUAUUAUUAUUGAGGGUACUAAACUGUAAUUAGUUUAUCUAUAUAUAGGGCCUUGUAUUCUCUAUUCAUAAUCAAUAAAAAACCAAUUACAAUUACAACCAAAUAUACGCUUUGAUUCUCAAAAAUAUAUCUUCACAAGACUAAUCUAUUUCUGGGAAACUUUUGACCUGUUCGACUCUUUCAGCCGGUUUUGGUUGACCCGUUAGAGAUAAACAGACCCGAGUCGACUCAUUCAUAAAUAAAUGGGUUCAUAUUUCUACCUCUUACGUCUAUAUUGUAAAUUUAUAGCUACUGAAUACAUGGUAGUGCUAACGUGUUUUGUUGUGUAAUCAGUGCAAUCGGUUUUGGCUUUCUGAACUUCUUUGCCUCUCUUUUUGGGUAUUUGAUUUUAACAUGAAGCAAAAUCUAGAUCCAAAAUACCCGACUUUUGCGUUUUUUUUAUGCUCAAAUCAUAAUAUUACGUUUUAUCAUGGGAAGUUUCUUCUUGCUGCAAAAAAAUGUAGAAGUGCUACAUGUACAUAUUAUAUAACUUCUUUAAAUGCAAAAGAUAUUUCAAAAGGCAGCAGCACAUAUAUAGGAAAGUUAAGGUAAAGCUCACCAUUAGCAAAUAAAUGGGCUUCGUGUUUUUUUACUUUUUUAUUUAUCUUCGGCUCUUGAGCUGCUUCAGUUCGGAUUGCUAAAAGCUCGAAUUGAGCGGAGUUUAAACAAGCAUGAGCCAGAGUUAUAUAUACUGAGCUUCGCUAAGCUCGCAUGCCUAAAUGAGCUUUUUUUUUGUAUAAAUUAAAAGAGUAAAAUGCCAUUUUCGUCCCUCAGGUUUGAGCAGUUUUGCGACUUUCGUCCAAAAGUUUUUUUUCCUCAUCUGGAUCCAAAAGGUUUAAAAUCUUGCCAUUGUCAUCUGGCUCAUUAACUCCAUCCAUUUUCCUUCGUUAGGUCAAAAAGGAUAUUUCUACUUUUUUCCUUAACUUAAAGGGCAAUUCGGUCUUCUUCACUUCAUGUAAAAAGACCGAAUACCCUGAAAAAUAUUGAAUUGCCCUUUUAACUUAACAAAAAAGACAUAAAUACCCCUAAAUUACCGGAGAAAAAUGGAUGGAGUUGACGAGCCGGAUGAAAAUGGCGAGAUUUCAAAUCUUUUGGAUCCAGAUGCGGGAAAACAAACCCUUCGACGAAACUCGCAAAACUGGCCAAACCUUAGCGCCUUGGUUAUACAAAAAAUAAGUAAGCCAAUAUUUUGAGUCGCUUGACGAUAGUAGCAGCCUAAUUUCCAGGAGGCAACUGUAUGUAAAGGAAUCUCGGGUUAACAAAUAUAUGGUUGGGUCGUGUUUUUUUUUUGUUUCUUUUUCCGUCUUUAAAGUUCUGGUAUACUAUCACUACAGGUUGCUUUGUUGUGUGUUUUUGAAGAUACCAUCUUCCCAUAUCAGUUUGCUAUCUAAGUUCUUGGUUUCUUUUUCUAAACCAGUUCUACCGGUCCGAUCGACUUGACCAGUGAACCAGUAGAGAGGCCAGUUCAAUUACUGGUCCGGUUUUAAAAACAUUGGUGAUGAUUUAUGAUAGUGUUUUGGAAAACUAAAUACUACUUAGUAAAUUUCAAACUAUUGUAGUAUUACACACUUCCGUAGUAUGUAUUAAAUUAAUAACCUCCAUAGUAUGUAUUAAAUAAAUCUUUCUUCUUUUCCUUAAGGAGCUGAUCAAUUUUUUUC